GCCCAACCCCUGAGGAGCCGACACAGCGACCUGUGCCCGACCACCUGCUGGAGACAAAGAUUUACACCAAGCUCGGUCGGAAUGGAUCCGUGGAGGCGGAGCCUGCUGUCCUCCAUUUUGGGGGAUAUGAAGUCGGGAAAUGUCUCCGGCAGGUUCUAAAGCUGGUGAAUGUCUCUCCGGACGUCUCCAAUGUUCACAUCAUUCCCCCGCAGAGCAAACACUUCACCAUCAGCUACAAGAAAGCCAACAGACUUGUCCCGGGUUUGGCCUUCACUGUCCAGGUUCAGUUCAUUCCGGAUGAGUGGAGAUAUUACUAUGACUGCAUCCGCAUCCACUGCAAGAGUGAUGAGACCCUCCUGGUUCCUCUCCAUGCCUACCCGUCCACCAAUCUCCGGGACUUUCCAUCUCGCAUCGCCUUACACGCGGCAUCUCUGGGCCAGAGGUGAGUCCGGUAUAUCCUCCCUCUAACUGCAGUAUGUACAGCUGAGGCAGGAUUUUGAAUUUCGCAUCAUUUGUAAAGAUGAGCACAAAGAUUUCCACAUCUCCCCCGACUUCAGGAAUUAUUCCCGGGAACGGUGCCGUCGAUGUAGAGGUCACUUUCACCCCAUCCAGCUAUGGGACGGCUCAGAUCAGCCUGGAAUUAUCGAUUUCCGAGUUUAAUGCCAAACCGUACAUCUGUGUCUUCACCGGGACCUGCUCCCCGAAUCUCUCUGCCGUGAAAGAAGAGUCUGAAAAGGUCAAAGUUUCCUCCAUGGCGAGCCUGAAGGGCCCCGAGAAAGCGGCAUUGAGAAUUUCCCGCAAGAAGAGACAUUUGCAGUCUCUGCAGCAGAACGCGUCACGGGUCAUCGAGUUCCACGAUCUGCGAUUCCCACUCAAUCUCUCCAAUCCUCAUGCCGUGGCCACCGUCCUGAACCAGCAGCCGGGGAAAGUCCGACUGAAGGACAUGCGUGAAGGCCUCACCUGUGCUGGAAAGAAAACACGCCAGGAGAAGGAGACUUUGUUCCAGCAAGUUGUGCAGCAGAAUGUGGCUGAGGAAGAGGCCAAUCAGCUGCGAUGGCAGAUCCAUCGUGGCAGUGACCCCGCUUCUCCCAGACAGCGCCAGCGGAUACGAGACGAACGCCUGAGUGCAGAGGACGAAUAUCAGGUGAUGAGCGGCAAUCCCGACCUCCAGAGAGAAUGCAGGCGUCCGUGUGUGAGUGCCGUGUCCAAGCGGGUGUUGCGCAGAUCAGACCAGCUUCUCACCGUUCAGCCUCAGUUUGACCUCUAUCUGAAUGAGCUCUGGGCCAAUAGGAACCGAGCAUUGCGACGUUUCCAGCAGGCCGCCCGCAAGGUUCUGGUGCGCUGCAGAGUAAAUCGCAGGUUGGGCCGUCUAAGGAAAUUGCUGCAACGCCUUCGGGCGGAGCCGGAGGGGGAUGGGCCAAUCGAUAGCAGUGAUGAGGAAUCGAUCCCCUCCCCCACCAAUCAGAUCCUCUUCUAUGACUUCCCCCCAUAUCCUGCUGAACCCCGGGAUCGCCUCCUGGAGGUCUCUGCGGAGUCACCCCACAACCAGCCUCUGUCCAGCUGAAAGUCCAACUCCCCUUCUACCACCUAAAGGUUCCUCAGCAUUAUAAACUGAUGGGAUAUCAGCCGGUCAGUACACUCUCGGCCUCCACCUACCACUCCCUUCGGCUGCCACGACCACUGAGGAGCGGUGCAGAGGAUGAGCUUGUGCCGAUCUCCAAUCCCGAUAUCCCGAGAGCAGCGCUGAGUCAGAGGAUGAAUAUGAGAGAAGAGGAAUGCUCCAUGGCCACCUACCUCACACUGAGCCCUCCGGAGCAACUGCUGAACCCCCCCGACUUCCACCCAAUGCACGUCUUUAACCCGGCUCCUGGAUUGGUGCCUUUAAGAGGCCUCUGCGGUACUCCGAAACCGAUCUGGAAUAUCAUCUGUGCCCGCUGCCAAAGUACCCGGCCCCCCGUGACACUGCGGGGACCACCCAGAGGAAGUUCCUGAACCGCGAGGAGAUCAUUCGGGGGGUGAUGAGCUGGAAGAAGUUCCCACCUGUCGCCCCUGUCUGUGUCCCUUCCGACCGCCGGGGGCCACAGACCGCGCUGGUGUGACCCCUUCAGUGCGGAUUUGCUCCCUACAGACGCUCCUCCCACACUCAGCCACUUACCGGAGGAGGACAAGGAUGACCUAGAGCCAAGGGAAGCGGAUGAGGCCCACUGCCGAGUGCUGCUGACACCACAAAUGCUGAGAGCGGAAUUUCCAUUGAUACAAGAUGGCGGUCGGGGUGACACG